AUGCCAUCAUCUCCUACGGCUUCUUCUAGUCAGCAACGGCCUACGUUCUUGCAUACCAACGGCAAGAAGACAACCAUGAUGGACCCUUACGGAGAUAAUCUUUCUAGCACUAGCGGUGCUAACACUAUACUAAGCAAGAAAAGUAUAUCUAUAUUUGAUUUCGAUAUUGAUGCGGAUAGCCGAUCCUAUUCCUCCAUGCCCGCAUCUGAAUACCCAGCUGAAUCAUCACUUGCCCGCAGCGCCGCCCGGUAUACCAACCUUUCUGCGCUGAACUCGUCUCGCCCUCCUAGCCCUUAUUUCAAGUACCGUGAGAAGGGACUUAGCAACGAGAGCAGCUCUUCUACAUUAAAUACAUUGGCAAAUGACGCGAUUCCUUAUCCCGUGACGAUAAAGCGGCUGUCGCAAGGAACGACAUUCGUUGAACAACCAACCCCACCACCUCAGUACGAAGAAGUAGAAGAUGUGAAGCCGAAGUUAUCUCGUGUUAACCAAGAAAAGCGCUCUGCACCUGCCGUGACGGUUCAAAAUCAUCUGCAUAGAACACUGCUUUCAUCCAACUACCAUGGUCAAAGCAGCGGCAGUAGUCAGCAGCAGGAUAACCAAGGAAAGCCCAAUCCACGACUGAACGGAAGCAGUGAACCGAGACUGGCGAACAAUCAGUCAAACGGGCUUGCGAAGGGAACAGCGGGCGGAACGGCAAAUGGGAAAUCCAACGGACCGGCAAGCAGACCUACGAACGGUACUGCACGCAGAGCUACCAGUGGACAAAGGAACGAGAAUAGACGUACGUCUGCGCCUAGCCAGAAGAGAAGCGAAAGGGCUCAGGGAAAGAGAGAUAGGAUCUGGCCUUGGAAGGAGGGAACAUGCCACAAGAUCGCCGCCGAUACUUGGCAAAAGAUAAAAACCCUUUUCAAGCUCGACACGACGUCUCUACCCGGCAUGGGUAAUGGGAAUGCUAGACCAGAGGAAGUCGAGCUGAGCGUGUUGCCGAGCGAACCCCCUCGUUCUCAGCAAAGAGCACCCAACUCUGCGAAUCCGACACCGCGACCCCGACCAGCCGCGAGUCACGACAGAAAUGGGAAUGGGAAUGGGAAUCAGAACCACUUGCAGCGAUCACGGGCCCACUCUAGAUCUCAUGAGAAGAGACCUGCACCCAAGGAUCCUUAUGACAAUGGCUUCCUGUCUGCGCCUAGAAGCACCCCGUGCCCUACCUCGAACAGAGGAACUUCAUCCAACGCCAAGGCAAACGGCAAGGGAUCCAGCAAGAAGACUCCCAGCAGCGCGAGCAAGUGGUUUUCCAGGCUAUUAUAA